UGCAAGGCUGCAAUUAUUUGCGGCACGCUGGCCUCCUGCCACGUGGCACCCGCGUCCUGCCCCCUCGGCUUUACCUCACCUCCUCGACCAUAAAUACGCGCGCGCCAAAAAUUAGGAUGAAAAAUCAGUAGUACUACUACCAUCCAUCCACUCAAGCGAACCGACCAGAAAAGUGCAAAGCGCAGCGACCGACGCGUCCCGACCAGCUGACGUGGUAGGCACAGGACACUAGGGAAGCAGCCGAUGGAGGCCGCGCUGAUGCAGCAGGCGGCGGCGGCGGCGGCGGCGAGGUGGCGGUGCGUGGGGGACGCGUCGCUGGCAGGACACGGACAGCAGCACCUAGCCGGCGUCGUCCGGCUCGGCGUGGCGCGGCGUGCGGCCAGCCGGGCGGUCCGGGCCAGUAGUAGCACCAGGCUGCUGGCCCCCGUGCGCGCGCUCGUCUCCGAGGCCGCCGGCGAGCGGGCGGCGGAGGGCGAGGAAGAGGAGGGCGCGGCGGUGAGGCUGUUCGUGGGCCUCCCCGCGGACGCGGUGGUCUCGGACGGCCGCGGCGUGAGCCGCCCCAGGGCCGUCUCGGCGGCGCUGCGCGCGCUCAAGCUGCUCGGCGUCGACGGCGUGGAGCUGCCGGUGUCCUGGGCCGUCGUGCAGCCAGGGGCCGGGGGAUGGUUCGAGUGGGCCGGGUACCGCGCCGUCGCCGCCAUGGUCCGCGACGCCGGGCUCCACCUCCGCGUCUCGCUCCGCACCGACGGCGACGCGCUCCCCGAGUGGGUGGCCGACGCCGCGGACGCCGACCCCGACGUCCUCUUCACGGACCGGUCUGGGCACCGCCGCGUCGGGUGCCUAUCCUUCGCCGUCGACGAGCUCCCUGUGCUCCUCGGCAAGUCGCCGCUCCAGGCCUACGAGGCCUUCUUCCGCAGCUUCGCUGACGAGUUCGAGGACUUCUUGGGGUCAACAAUCACGGAUGUGACUGUCAGCCUGGGUCCUAACGGCGAGCUCCAGUUCCCGUCAUACCCGCCGGGGAACCAUGGCGCCGGUGGCUACGCCGGCAUCGGCGAGUUCCAGUGCUACGACAAGUACAUGCUGGCCCGGCUGAAGCGUCACGCCGAGUCGUCGGGGCAGCCGCUGUGGGGCCUGUCAGGCCCACACGACGGGCCGCGGUACGACGAGUCGCCGGAGUCGUCCGCCUUCUUCAGGGAGCCAGGGGGCUCGUGGAAGUCGGCCUACGGGGAGUUCUUCCUGUCCUGGUACGCCGGGGAGCUCCUGGCGCACGGCGACCGCGUCCUGGCCGCGGCGUCCAGGGCGUUGGGCGGCAAGCCCGUGGCGCUGUCCGCCAAGGUGCCGCUCCUGCGCGGGCCGAGCCCCGUCGACGCCACCGCGGGGCUCCACGGCGGGUACGGCCCGGUCGCGGAGAUGUUCGCGCGGCACGGGUGCGCGGUGAUCGCGUCGGGCGUGGAGGCACAGCCGGACGCCACGGCGGAGGAUCGCCUGGCCCGGCUCAAGGCCGCCUGCGCGGAGCACGGCGCGCGUCUCGCGGCGGAGAGCGCGCCACUCGCCGCGGCGCGCGACGGCGCCGGCGCCGCGGGCGGCGUCUGGCUGUCCGCCGGGCGCACCCGGCCGUGCCAGUUCACGUACCAGCGGAUGGGCGCGGAGUUCUUCUCGCCGGCGCACUGGCCGCUGUUCGUGCAGUUCGUGCGCGCGCUGGAGUGCCCCGAGGAGGCCCAUGAGGACGACCUGCCGGGCAGCGCUGACGGCGGCGCUCGGCUCACCGUGCCGUCCGCGGCCGCGGCCGCCCCGCGCGGCGAAGCCACGAGGGAGGUGCAGAUUCAGACCGUGUGAAUCGCAGGGAAGGCAUUUGUCACGUAGUAUUCUUGAUGUGUAGUAAGAGUAUUGGGCAGUAAAUAAAUUUGAGCUGAUACUUUUAUCAGUGUGAAGUGGGAACCAAGAGCGGGAGUGUAUGCUAUAGUAUAUUACUAGGAUUAGUACGUACUGAUCCAUUGGUAUAUCUUUUCAUCGUGAUAAUGAUGCAUUCCUGUUGUUGUUGCGUUGAAAAACUGUGCAUCGUGGUGUUCCCUCAAGGAUCACAAGAUGAGAUAUUUCUGCUCCAGUGAUUUAUGAUUAUGAUUUUGG